UAUUCCUUUGGUUAUCGAGAAAUCAGCUCUCGAUUUCCUAAAUUUGUUGACUCUAUCCGUGUCGUCGACCUCUCGAUAGCUACCAGCGAAUCGCUGUAGAUCGUCGUCUGGUGCUGCCCCGCAGUGACAAAAACGGCAGUCGACUAAGCGCGUCUUAUAAAUGCAGAUUUCGGUUCAAUCUCUGACAAUGGAGACUGUUGUGCUGUAUCAGAAGUAAUACAAAACCAUCUUGAAUCCAUCUUUAUCGAAUUCAAAGUGUUAUUAAAGAAACCGUUCUAGUGUCAACAGACACAAAACCAAAGGAAUGACUGCAAUAUCUGGAAUCUCAAGAAGUUUGCAUGUCACAGAAUAUCUGUUAUGGAAAGCUGAUAUUCUGUGUAAUCUACAGGGCUCCAAGGACCUUUCCCAGAUUUAAUUACACGAGUGUGCAUCUCUUUUACUGGAUAAUCACACCUUAAUACUAAAAAUAUAGCUAAUUAAAUUCAGUACUUCGCAAAUUUUUAUCCACUUUGGCAGAAUGGAGCCUAGCACUGACUUUCAUUUUACCUGGGACAACCACCAGGCAACUUUAUUGACAGUUUUUGAUACUCUCUUGGCUAAUGAGAAACUAGCUGAUUGCACAGUCAGUGUUGAAGGAAAGUCCAUUAAGGCACACAAAGUAAUUCUUGCAGCCUGUAGUCCAUAUUUUGAACGGGUAUUUACUGAGAAUCAUGAGAAGCACCCCAUAAUUAUACUGCCAGACGUAAAGUUUCGGGUAAUGAAAGCUUUACUGGACUUCAUGUAUCAUGGGGAACUGAACAUACAACAAGAUGACCUCGGAAGUGUGCUGAGGCUCUCAGAGUCCUUCCAGUUGAGGGGGCUAUCAGGUAAUGUGUACAUUAGUGACAUGCACACCCAGAGAGAAGAUGGAGGAAGCCAGUUGCUUAUCUCUGCUGAAAAUCAGUCUUCACAACCUACUAUUUUGUCAGUGUUUACACUAUGUUCUCAGGAAACUAGUGAAAUGGAAAUGAUGAAUUCAUUUGAGGAGGAUCCCCGCCCUCAUUCCUCGCAGAAAAAUAGCUGUGUGGAAACAGGUUCAGUUAUAAGAGCGAGUUGCAAUCACAAGAAGUUGGCUGUAUAUUGUAGUUCCGAUCGAGGUACAGGUUCGGCCUCAUUAAAUGAAGAAAUUAAUAUUGGUGUCGAAACAUUUCAGAUUUCUGAUGCAGAAGAAACAUUACCUUUACUUGCCACUGAGACUGACGAAUCUGACUGUUGUGCAAUUUCUGCCCAUCCUACAAAUAGCCAGUUGCAAGGGUCUGUUAAGAGAGCUAGAAAUACUGAGAGAGUCACAAAAGAAGAUUCUCUGGUGACUCUUAACUCUGCACUAACUCCGGGAGUAGCGUUUGAUCAGGUUACGUGCAGUGAAGGAACUAUAGGUCAAGUGGCCCAUGAAACAAAAUUUGCAGACCAAGUUGGUAAACACUUGAGAAUAACAAGCGGUGUUACACUCAGUGGUGGUGCUGAUGGUAAUGGCAGUGCUAAUCAUAGUGAUGUACGUAUGACAGUCGACCGCACAGUUACAGAUGUUUCUGCCAGGAGAGGAAGAGCAGUAAAGCAUCAGCCAGUGCAGUCGCAGAAAAAGUGUAAGGGAAAGCGAUACACAAAAUUUAAAUGUUAUUCGUGUGGGAAGUCAUAUGUAAAUCGUAGUGGUCUGGUGAGGCAUUUCUUGUACGAAUGUGGAAAAGACCCUCAGUUUGAGUGUCCACGCUGCAAGCUGCGGUUUUUUCAGAAGAGAUCAUUUGAGGAGACAUAUGUUAACUCGCCGUUGUCGAAGCUAUCUGCAGGUUGAAGAUAAACAUGAAUGAAAGUAAAUGUUGAUCAGUGUACAGGUGAUAAGUUACAGUCACUAUAGCCCAUGACCUAAUGUCAAUUAAUAAUGACAGCUAGACUGUAGUCUCAAAUAUUAUUCGUUGAGGUAAUGAUGUUAUAUUCAAAGCAUAUUAGUGAUGUGUGGGGUAAGUUGUGACCAGUACAAGAAAUUCAGAAAAUUGAUAGCUCUCACAAACAUGAUAUUUGGUCAAGUAACUCUCGUAUUCCCAUUGUGUUGUUUAGGUAAUGUGCAUCGCCAUUUUAAGGGUAUUGUGCAGGUUAGGAUAACUUAGGGUACAGAUAGCGCACAUCCAGUACACUGCUGUGACAAGAAGGCAACUGCUCAGCUAACAUCAUGUAGUUGUUACAGUAUAAUGCAAGGCAUGUUAGUGUAUGCACUUUUUCGGAACAGUUCGCAAUGGACACCUACUUGUGAUGUGCCGGAAAAUUGUCAUUUCCAGAGACUGAUGUAUCAGGGAAGAGACUGAUCCUGCAGAUUUAUGUACUUUUCAAGUGAGUUCAGUUAUUGGUUGUCACUUCCGAAGCAUGGUCGAUUCAAGUCUGGACAUGUCCACAGUUGUUCUUUUCACUUCUCAUGUGUGCUAUUUUUGACCACUGGGAGCUCUGCCAUAUCCAAAUUCUGGUGGAGUGUGGAGACCUAUAUGUAAUAGAUUACUCAUCCCCUGCCAGUGAGUUGAUGGAUAUUGAUGAAAGGGCACAGUCAGACUGAAAAAUCAGUCUCAUUUCUUUUGUGUUGAGGUGCUACUUCAAACAUGUUUGAUUGCUUACACUGAUCUUGUCUGCUUAUAGAAAAUCAUUGAUAUAUUAUUCAAAACAGCCACAUAAUAUAAUAAAAUAGCAAAAAGUUUGUCAGUGCCAUGCACAGUCAUCUUACAAACCGAACUAUAGAGUCAUGAGUCGCAAAGGUACUUCAAGAUUUAAUUUGCCACUAUCUUUUCCUAGUUUCUAAAGUUUACAGUAGCUUUCCUAUGCACUCUGCAACAGUGGUUCUAUACCCAAGAAAGGUGUGCAUGAGGGCUCUGUGGAUUUUAGAAUGAGAGGGAGAGGUACCAGUAUACUUAGUUUGUGCGGCUCAUUGAGAUAGAUCAGUCAGCAAAGCAUUGCCUGUAAAAGGCAAAGAUCCGAAUUGCAUCCUGGCAUUGCCUACAGUGUUUAUGUAUUGGGAAGUUUUGUGUCCAUAAUUUAUUGUUGAGUUGCAGAAGAGAAGACAAGUGUCAGGCGAGAUGGGAAAUGAUAUGCAUAUUCAUCCAUGAAAUAUCUUUGCCGUCAGUUUGCAGAAGGUAUUAAUAGUGUCUGCCUUGAACCAAUAUAUUCUUUAUGCCAAUAUAUUGCUGUUUAUCAGACACUUUUGAAGUUUUGUAUCAAAAGGACAGUUCAUUUGAGAAAGCUGUAAAAUUAGGACAACAUAGAAUGACUGACCGGACAACAUAGAAUGACUGACCAGAACUCAUCCUCCUGUGCCAGAAUUCCAAGUACUGGUGGUAGACUUCUUUAGAAGUAGGAAACACUGUUCCCAGCUUUUUGGAACUGCCAGUUACUUCCUCAGUGAGGAAAGAGUGGUAGCUCUUGGGGAGGUUAGAAAGGAGGGGGCGGAUUUCUCAGACUCCGGAUUGAGAGGGCAAUGGGGAGAAAAAGGUCAUAGGUGAGCUGGCAGAAAGUAGGAGUUCGAGGAUGGUAUACUGGUGAGCACUGUGCCGACUUCAAUCCUGAGAUGAUGGAAGGAAGAAUGAGAAAUAAAGAUGGAUUAAGAGCAAGAGAAACAUGUAGUGAAUAGGAAGUUACAAACUAGGUACCAGGCCAUCUUUCCUAUGGUCCGAGUGAGAUGCUCUCAGUUUUGAAACUUCCUCAACCUAUUCUCCUUUCUCCUUGGACAAGGAAUAGACAGUUCCAAAUGGCAGGAAUAGUUUUUGCUACUAUUAAGUGUGUCUGUCAGUAGUACUUGGAAUUAUCCUUUCUGAAGAUAAGGAUUGGUCAGCCAUUUUGUAGCUUUUGAAACUUUGAAGAGUGUGUUGAAUUUGUUCAGUAGCAGAAAACCUACAGAUCUUCUCUGAUGAUAGUGAUGUGACAUAAAUGUCAGCUCACAUAAAACGAAAUAGAGCAGUGGCAAGUCAGUUGAUUGCUAUGGUUAUACACUUUGUUCUGUAUUCACCUGUUUUCUGUUUCCAGUAUGCAUUUCCCGAUUGCUGGUUGGAUGGUGGUGAAUAAAUGUCACCAUCCACUUCACCAUUAAUAACAUAAACUGAUUCAAAAUAUGCUUGUUAUGCCCCAUCAAAUAAAUACAUCUACAUGAUCAAUUAAGAAUAGUUUGUAAUUUAAAAAAUGCCUUCUAAAGUACAAGGUGCUUGAUAGAAAAUGAUCAUUUCUGUAAGACAUGUUCAUAAAAUGUUUGUAGGCAGUGAACUGACUCAGCUUGUAAAGUAUGUGCCUGGGAACUAGCAGGUGCAAGGAUCUUAAUUACAGCCAAAAUCUUUGAAGUUCAUUUGUUUAAAGUAUUAUUGUAGUUCCUUUGUUUAAAGUAUAAAAUAAGUUCCUGUUUUAACAUUGGAGAUUGUAUGUCAAAGUGUGUCACUGAAUAUCUUGUGUGUUGCAAAUAUGCCAUUUAAGUUCUUGUCUUAAGAGUGUGUCAUUGACGUUCCUGUGUGGUAUAGCUUGUGAACGGGUCAUUGAAGUUCCUAUAUAACAUUGUAGUUGGUAUAAUUGUGUGUUUGCUGUGUGUUAAGUGACAUAAAAAUAAGAGGCACCAGUGAGGAUGUAUUGUAAAAGUGUAGAAAAAUUGGGAUUCCUUUUUCCUGCUCUUCACUUAAUGCCAAUUCCCAGCAACAGCUUCACCAUGUCAAUAUUGGUGCUCUGAAAUCAUUAUAUGACUUGAUAGCUAUUAAAAUAAAUAUCAAUUUUGUUUUGUUUGUUUGUACCAAUUGCUACUGAAUGUAAUUAAAAUUUGUAU